GCAGGCGUGUCGGAGGCGUGCCAAAUGCGUAGUAAACAAAAUGGCGGUCGAAGCACGGUUUAAAAUAGUAAAAAUUUAACUUAUGAAUAGAACUACGCGGUCGGUCUCGUUCGUCGAGAAUCUACAGCUGGAAGUUUCCGAUAAUUUGUUCAAUGAAGGCCUGUUACUGGCUGAUGUUGAUAAUGACGGAGACUGCGAACUCAUUGUCGGCCAAAUCAAUGGCGAAUUAUCAAUAUUCAAGAGUGGUUCAACUAAACCAUGGCGAAGUUGUUAUCAUCUUGGCAUGAUAACUUGUGUUGGAGUGGGAGAUUUGUGGAAUCAAGAUGAAAAUCUGCUUCUCUGUAUAACUGCGGAGGGAUGGUGUCACAUUUUUUACAUCACUCCAGAGUCAUCCACGGAGAAAUUGAAACCACUUUCCUCUCAACUUCUUCCAUCCAAUUGUAAAAUUCUUUCAUUAGCAGAUGUGGAUUGUGAUGGCAGGUUGGAACUAGUGACAGGUCAUGCUGACAGAACUGUCUAUGUCCAUAAGCUGGAAACUGGUUGUCAAGAAAAAACUGAUGUCCAGAAUCACCUCAUCAUAGAAAAAGAAGAGGUCAGAAAAAAUUGCAGCACAUCAGACACACAGGAACACACAGAAGCAAAGUCGACACAUAAACUUGACAAGAAAGAAUCUAAGCAGCAGGAAAUUGUGGAAGCAAAAGAGAAAAAUAACUGCCAAAAUGAACAGAAAGUGUCUGAAAAUGUCUUGAAAGAUCAGAUGUUUCCAUAUCGCCUUGUUCCUAUCAGUCAUUGGACAUUGCCUUGCCAGAUAAGUUCUCUUGCGGUGUUCGAUGUUGCAGCAAUGAGGCAUCUCCUUGCCUCGUACCCUGGAGGCACUUAUGCUAUCUUGACAUCAUUUGAAUUAAACCAACAAAAAAUGCCUAAUGAACAGUUCUCUCGCUCCCCUUCCAACUCCAUCUUUAAACCGUUACCUCUUGUUUGGGGGAGGAACAAGGAUAUCGCUACGAAUCUGAUUACCGUGAAAUGCCACAACAGCGAUAGCAAUCAGUCUGGGGCCAAUUCAGCAGAACAAGUUGAGAGUUACUUAGCGCUGUGUACGCAAGAUGGUCAUUUGACUCUAAUGAACGGUAAUAAACUGCAAUGGUCGAUGCGUGUUGAACAGGGCAGCUUCAAUCUGUUUGCUCUGUCAAAACUUGACAUCACAAACGACGGAAACGAGGAAAUCGCUGCCUGCUCUUGGGACGGAAACACUCACAUUAUCGAUCGCUUUAAGAAUGUUGUGCAGUUUAAGUUUGGAGAAAACGUUAUGGCUUUCUGUGCUGGCCGAUACGCGUGCACGCCCGGAAAGAAUCUUCCAUCGCUAGUGUAUGUGACUUCCUCCAAUCGAGUGGUAAUCUAUUGGAAUGCUCGCCUCUCCUCGAUGGUUCCAAUCAAUCUGGCUGUGAAAAUGAAACACAAAGCUGCUCGAGACAAAGGGAGUAGAUUAGCCAUCAGUAAUGCUGCUGUAGAUGAUGGCGAAAAUAAUAAUGGACUCUCUCCGGAGUUGUAUCAACGAUGUUUGUAUGGAAAUAUUUAAGCUGAAUUCAAUUCUGGCCGUGCUAGAGAACACUAACUGAGAGUUGUCUUGGUAAAAUUUACUGAAAGCGCGGGUGUUUUUUGAGAAAACAUCCUAUCCAUAGUUGUAAAUAUAUUUAUAAAGUAAACAAGAGGUUGGCGGGAUUGGAUAAAAACGCUUAUGCCUGACAACUCCAUAGGAACAACAACAACUCACACUUGUAGUUGUUUCUCGUCUGGAGUGACUCUCAUUUCGACAGGAAUGCAUGGUAGUUUUUCCUUUAAGGGAUGAAAAUUCGCAACAGAACUGACUACCGUUUUGAGUUUCCUUGGUACCUUUUAGGGCCUUAUUGGAAAGAAAUGAGAAAAACUCCCUGUCACAGGAGGAGGCAAUCGACCCUCGAUUAGAUAUUCUAACCUCCCGCUGAGAGCUCCAGCAGGGUCAAAAACGUUACUGAGAAGUCUGACCCAAAUUUUUUGAACAUCCUAAUUUUUCGAACCGACUUUCAUAUAUCCUAGGGGGUUGGAAAAAAAUGGGAUUUCACCUUUUCAUGGAUUUUUAUUUUACAAUUUUGUAGCAAUUUCUUCAGCAAAUAUGAAGUUGAACGAUUCCAGCAAAACAAAAGUCUACUUCGUUCCAGGGGUUGGUUCAAAAGUUUUCGAAAAUUUCCAGCAAUACGUGUAGACUUGGUUUCCUCUUGGAUUCAUAAGCUUUUCAGAAAUAUGGACACAAUUUUCUAUCUAGGAUGUGUCUGAUACGUUUUGUAAACGAAAUUAAGGUGUUAUAUACUGUUUUUGCAUGUAUUUUUUUUUUGUACUUCAAGUUCAAACAUCUUUCAAACAUCUUUCAUCUAUAAAGAUAGUUCAGUAAGCGCAUUUCGUAAAAAAAAUAUUGUAAUAGCUGCUUAGGCCGAUUUCCACAUGAUAUGCGCGAUUUUGCAGCGAUUGUAACAAACAAGUCGUUUUACAGGGGGGGUUGCUAAAAGAAAUCAACCCCACCCCCCAAAAACAAUAUUAUGGUCCAUCCCCAAAACGAUAGCUAACAGAUUCUGUAAAGAGUUCAGUUACUUACUAAAUACAUCGUAAGCAGAGGCGUUUAUUUAAGUGUAAUACAUUGGGGUGUUUUUAAGUUAUUUUACCCAGCUGGAAUAGUCGCAAGCUAUUUUAUUUCAUUCGCCAUUAACAUAACCUUUGCGCUGAGAAGGCCUUUGGCUAUGUACUAAUUGGUAUAUUUUUUAUUAGCUCUUUAGGUGCAGUAGCUUGCGACAUUGAAGGAAGUAUUGCCUUACGAAACUUUCAUGAUGUCAGUUAAUAUUUUUCUGACCUCCUAGGCAUAGACAUUGUUUUGGCUCGUCCCGCAUCAGUGCUUCCAAAAGGUAAACGACGUUCUUAAGAUUGCGUGACGAACUCAAAGGACCUACCCCAACGAAAGAGGAAUGGAAAAGAAUGAAUGCGUGAUGAGUCAAAAAAUAUCAGCUUAUGUGCUUAUGGGGCUAAUAUUUUGUUGCUCGAUCAAAAAUUGAAAAAACUGACUCAAAUAUUUUAAACAAAGACUCCUCAAUCCUGUAGCUCGUUUACAGGCACAAUGACCUACCCGACUGGAGGCCAGUCAUGUUUAUAGAACGCGCGGUACGGCGUGAGGUGAGAAGCGUGAGGUUGAGGAGCAAGGGGUGACGGGAAGGAGCUAAAAAAGAGGAGAAGGCCUGAGAGACUCCUUAUGUCGCUUUCUCCCUAGCCAUCUCACCUUGUGCUCCCACCGAGCGUCGUGCUGCGAACUUUAUGAAAAAGGCUGGGGACUAGUCAGCUGGGCUAAAAUGAAAGCUAAACAUGCACUGCUGAAUAAAGUUGAAGUUUAUCAAUUA